AUGAGUCGCAAGUCCAUUCCGGUCAUCAAAGUGCGAGAAGAGGGUGAAGAUGCGCGCGGCAACACUCUCACCACCGCAACCAACUCUCGCACCGCAACUGGGACUCGUACUGCUUUCACUGUCCUCAAUCCCGACAAGCUCAGCAACAUACAAUCAUCAAAGUCCAAAGACAAAGGUACUGAAGGUGGUGAGACAAACACUGUGAGCAGCAUGGAAGAGAUACUUUCACGUCUCAAGUUGAAUGAUGCCCGCAAACCCACUCCUCACGCUGAGGUCAAGACCCAGAAGUCUGAGUUCGGCAAUUUUGACAAACUGCUCAACAAUCUCCAAGAUCAAAACAAAGCAUUGAAGAAACAAGAGAAGGAACUCAAGAAUGAGACAGACCAGAACCACAACAAAGAUGGCGAUCGCUCAACCACUUCAGGCCUCCGUACUUCAGCAACCGAGAAUUUUGCAGGACCAAAGCCUGCUGUCCAGGUUCCAGGUCCCAACAAGGCUGAUGUCAACGAGAUGAUAAGAGUCAAGCAGGAGCUUGAGGCUGCAAAAUCAGUCAUCUCACGACAAGAACAAGAGCUGGCAGAAACACGGACUCUCAAGCAUACCAUGGAUCAGGCCAUGGGACCACCAUCCGAGGCUGAUUUUGGACCAUCCAACGACAUCACCGAGCAGACCAUCGGCCACCUCCAGAGUGCUUUCAAUGCCUCUGCUCGCCCUUUCACUUCCCGCAAUGAUGCUUGGGUCAUUCCAGAAGGAACACGCCUCGAUCAAGCCGAUCAUCUCACAGGUGCCAAUUUUGGUCGUGGUCGAGGUAUUUGGAACAAUGCUUCCGCAUCCAUGACCGACCUUUUGGCUACCAACCCACCUGCUCCAGCAUACACAAACCUCCGUGAUGCUCGUCUCUCGGGUCAAGCCUAUAACGGUGUGUACGGUGCCCCGACCGUCUCACCAGCCGAAGCCAAUUUUCAGCCACGCAACUUUUCAGGUGGUACUGGACCAGUUGGCUACGACGUGCGAGCCGGCAAUGACAUGAUGCAGUUCAACCCAACACUCGGCAUGAGACGCAAUGGAGGACAAUUGAGGAUCAAUCCAAAUCUCCCAGACCCUCUGUCUCAAUAUGGGAGCUAUCCACCCGGCUCUUCAGCAUUGACUCCACCACCCAUCAGUCCCAUGAACCUCGCCGCUCAAUACCCUUAUCAACGUGGACUUGCAACACCCAUUACGCCUGCAGCAAAUGACUUUCCUUCUGGUGGCGUCCCAGGAGCUGCCAAUCCAUGGUCGGUUCCGGGUACUGGAGCCAAUGGACAAACCUAUGUUACACCUCUCGAGCCAAUGAACUAUCGUCGUCUCCUCGACAAGUCAGUCUCCUGCGAUUGGAAGUAUAUUGUCGACAAGAUUGUCUGUAAUAAUGAUCAGCAAGCCAGUAUCUUCCUGCAACAGAAGCUCAAAGUUGGAACCGCGGAGCAGAAGUUCGAGAUCGUCGAGUCGAUUGUCAACCAGGCUUACCCUCUUAUGAUCAAUCGUUUUGGCAAUUUUCUUGUCCAGCGAUGCUUCGAACAUGGUACACCUGAUCAAGUCGUGGCAAUCGCCAACGCCAUCCAUGGAAGUGUCAUCGCUCUCAGCAUGGAUCCAUUCGGCUGUCACGUCAUUCAGAAGGCCUUCGAUUCCGUUCCAGAAGAUCACAAGGCUGCCAUGGUUCGUGAACUGCUUCGUCGCAUUCCUGACACUGUCAUUCAUCGAUACGCUUGUCAUGUCUGGCAGAAGCUCUUCGAACUCCGCUGGAGCGGCGAACCGCCACAAAUCAUGCUGGAGGUGAACAAAGCUCUUACUGGCAUGUGGCAUGAGGUCGCUCUGGGUGAAACUGGAAGUCUUGUUGUUCAGAAUAUCUUCGAAAACUGUGUCGAAGAGGAGAAGCGCCCUGCGAUCGAAGAGGUCAUCGCCAACAUUGAUCUUAUCGCACAUGGACAAUUUGGCAACUGGUGUAUUCAACAUUUGUGUGAGCACGGUUCUCCACCUGACAAGCGCCGCGUGAUUGACCACAUCCUUGCCAACUCCUACAACUACAGCAUCGACCAGUUCGCUUCCAAAGUUGUGGAGAAGUGCCUCAAGAUUGGUGGAGCGGAGUUUUUGGAUCGAUAUCUCGGAGUCAUCACAACAGCUCAUCCAGACCGUCCACGUAUCCCACUCAUUGACAUUGCUGGCGACCAAUACGGCAACUACUUGGUUCAGUGGAUCUUGAUGAACACCCAUCACCAUCAGCGAGAGCAAGUGGCUGUCCACAUCCGCAAGCACAUGGUCUCUCUGCGUGGUUCCAAGUUCGGAUCCCGUGUUGCAAUGCUUUGCUGCAACCCCAAUUCUGUCACUCGUCCAGGCCCUGGUGCAGUCGUCAAUCCUUUCGGCGCUCCGGGUCAGCCUCGCAGCCAAUGGCCUCGAUUCCGCUGA